AUGGUGGCUGCUCUUCCAGGGGAGACGGCCAUUUCGGCCAAGCGUGCCCAGCUCGCCGGCAAGCAUGGAUUCAUGGGCUUGCUGAGCAACAAGAAGACAACAUGCAUUGGAUUGUUCGCGUCGCUAGGUGGUUUGGUUUAUGGAUAUAACCAGGGAAUGUUCGCUCAGGUCUUGACAAUGCCUGCAUUUCAAGCAGCGACGCAAGGAUAUGCUGCGGAGACGGGUAUUCAACAGGGAAUGCUGACCUCUAUCCUCGAACUGGGUGCGUGGGUGGGAACAUUAGCAAAUGGCUACCUGGCGGAUGCGCUCGGUCGACGCUUGACAGUCCUGGUUGCCGUGGUGGUAUUCUGCGUCGGUGUCAUUGUCCAGGCAUGCACAGAAAGCCCCGACUAUGUCUUUGGAGGUCGUUUUGUGACCGGUCUGGGUGUUGGUAGUCUGAGUAUGGUGGUGCCGCUAUACAAUGCCGAGUUGAUCGGUUACGGAACGAAUUAUAUUGGUGGCACGGGAGAGACACAAUCGGACGCCGCGUGGCUGGUACCAGUCUGUAUCCAAAUCUUGCCCGCAAUUGUCCUCGCCGUGGGAAUGAUGAUGUUCAUGCCCCAGUCCCCGCGUCAUCUGAUGAACACCGGUCGCGAGGAGGAAUGUCUGACCACCCUGGCUCGUCUGCGUAACGCAUCCACUGAUGACUUAUUGGUCCGCAUCGAGUUCCUGGAAAUGAAGAGUCUAUAUCUCUUCGAACGGGAGACAGCCAAGGAGAAGUAUCCCGACUGGCAAGAUGACUCGUUUUCUAGUCGAUUCAAGAUCGGAUUCUAUGAUUACCUGUCGCUGGUCACCAACAAGUCUCUGUUCAAGCGCACCGCAACGGCCUGCAUGAUCAUGGUGUUCCAACAAUGGAAUGGCAUCAACGCAAUCAACUACUACGCACCUUACAUCUUCAAGGACAUGCAGCUCGGCGGAAACACCAUCUCGCUCCUUGCAACUGGAGUGGUAGGAAUUGUGGAGUUCAUUUUCACAAUUCCCGCGGUGCUGUGGGUGGACCAGAUUGGGCGAAAGAAGAUCUUGAUCGCCGGUGCAGCUGGAAUGGCAAUCUGCCACUUCAUUGUCGCAGGUAUCAUUGGUGCCUAUCAAGGAACCUUUGAUGAACAUAAAGCCGCAGGCUGGGUUGCUAUUGUAUUCGUUUGGAUUUUCGUCAUCAACUUUGCCUAUUCCUGGGGCCCAGUCGCGUGGAUUGUUACCUCCGAGGUAUUCCCUCUUAGCAUGCGUGCCAAGGGCGUGAGUCUGGGCGGCAGCAGCAAUUGGUUAAACAACUUCGCAGUCGGUACUGCUACGUCUCCCUUCCUUGAGACUAGCAACUUUGGUGCAUUCAUCUUUUUCGGAUGCAUCACGACCAUUGCGAUCGUAUAUGUCAUUUUCCUGGUUCCCGAGACCAAGGGUCGGACUCUCGAGGAGAUGGACGAGAUUUUCGGAUCUGGCGGCAUGGCAGCCGCAGACAAUGAGCGGAAGCAUCGCAUCGAAAGCGAGAUUGGUCUUCUCGCGCUUGUCGGUGUGGAGCCUGCGGAUGAAAAGCACACCGAUCUCGGGGAAAGCAGGAUCGAAUACUCAAAGCAUGAGGGUGCAGCGCCAUAA